AUGGCCCUGCUGAAGCGGACAGGCGCAUCGCCGCUGACCCCGCAACGCCUCGCCGUCUUGUUCGCCUCGACGUUCUUCCUCUCGCUCAUCUUCCUCCGCUCGUCCCCUUCCACGCUCUACGACCCCAAGACCUCGGCGCUCUACUCUCCCGCAGACCAGCCACCGAACGGUCCGCCCAUACGCAACUCGAUUGUCGUCCCCGCCUAUCACGAGCGGGACAACCUCGCUCCGCUCGUCCGCGCCGUCUUUGCCGCCGUGCAGCACCCGAGCGAGACAGAGGUCGUCAUUGUCGACGACAACUCGAGGGACGGGACGGUCGAGGAGGUCGAGCGGUUGAGACGGGAGGAAGGGUUCAACGUGGAUGUGCUCGUUCGGACAAAGGAGAAGGGACUGAGUUCGGCGGUUCUGCGCGGCUUCGAGCGUGCAAGGGGAGAGAAAAUGGUCGUGAUGGACGCAGACUUGCAACACCCUCCAGCCGCCGUCCAGCCUCUCCUCGACUCCCUCACACCCGUCACCCCUCUCGCACUCGGCACGCGCUACGGCGAGGGCGUCUCGAUGUCAGAAGGCUGGCCCCUGCAUCGUCGGAUCAUCAGCUGGGGAGCCCGCGUCCUCGCAAGACCGCUCACGAGCGCGAGCGAUCCAAUGACUGGCUUCUUUGCCAUCACUAAGGAGCAGUUCCGCCACUCGAAGCCCAUCAACCCCUCCGGCUUCAAGAUCGCCCUCGAGCUGCUCCUCAAAUCACCCUCCUCUUUCUCCCUCCCCGAGAUCCCCUACUCCUUCGGCCUGCGCACCUCAGGCUCCUCGAAACUCUCCUCGAAAAUCAUGGUCAAAUACGUCGGCCAACUCGUCUCGCUCUACGUCUGGUCCUGGGGGAUCUUCUUCCAUCUCCUCCUUGCGGCGGGCGUGGUGGGCGUGGUUAAGGGCGCAGAGGUGCUGUGGAGGGAGAGGAAGAGGAGGGUCUCGAGGGGACGGGAGUUUCCGCUUGGUGGGUACCACCCUGAUGCGGGCGUGCCGCCGUUGAGUCCGAAGGCGAAGGGGAGGAGUAGCACCGCGAGAGGGUUGACGGGCGCGGGAGGCGCGGGAGGAGGGUCGAGUUGGUUUGGAGCGGGAGGGGGAGACAUUCUCGAGCGGAAGAGGUUCGUGUAG